AUGUACGUUGAUGAUGUUGUAACGGGAAGUUUUUCGGUUCGUGACGCGUUGGACUUGCAAAAUCAAAUUAUAAACAUUAUGUUAUUGGCUGGUUUUAAGUUAGCUAAGUGGGCAAGUAACGAACCUAAACUAUUAAAAAACGUUAGUGCCGAUCUUCGUGUAAAACCGGUAUCAUUAGAUAAUAGAGAAGAUGGUGUCGUCAAGGUUCUGGGUCUCCACUGGGAGCAAUAUAACGACAAUUUUGGGUUCUCUUAUCAACCUCGUGAUCACCUCUGCAGUAAAAGGGCUAUAUUAUCCAAUAUCGCACGCAUCUUUGAUCCCCUUGGUUUAAUUACGCCAUGUAUUCUCGCUGCAAAAUGCCUCAUGCAACGCUUAUGGUUAGAAAAAUUAUUGGAUUCAAUAUCAGUUUCAAAUCCCAAUGUUGUCAGAGUUGAAGAUUCCCAUUCUAAUUCUUCCCGCUAA